AUGAGCUUCGCCAUCGAGGUACCUGGCGACGCCAACCCCCUCAGUUUGCAGGAGCUCUGUCGCGUCCUCGAAUCCGCAACUUCGUCGGAUUACGCGCGUAGACAAGCCGCCGGGCAGCAGCUUUCGUCAUGGGAGACCGAUAGGGGCUAUUUCUCUACACUCCAGACCGUCUUCCUCGACAAGUCUCUCCCCCACGAGAUUCGAUUCCUCGCCGUGAUCCAGCUUAAGAACGGAAUCGACAAAUACUGGCGCCUACUCCCCCAUGUCAGAGGUGGACUAGACUCGGAUGAGAAGAAUAUCGUCCGGCAGCGCUUGUUCCAGGGCACGCUCGAAGAGGAGGAGACGGGUCUUUCGUUACACAACUCUCUGGUCACAGCCAAAGUCAUUAGGAUCGACUACCCGCAGCACUGGCCGGAUGCCGUACCACAAAUUAUCGGCCUUGUCAGAUCGUCCAAGGACGGCAAUCAACAGCAUCUUUAUGGCGCUCUGCAGAUUCUUCUUCGAGUUGUGAAGGAGCUUGGCACUGCUCGCCUCCGAAGAUCCCAAACGGCCCUCCAGUCCGUCACUCCCGAGAUGGUAUACUUGUUGGGGGAGAUCUACGCCGAAAAGUCGGCAGUCUGGGUUGGAUUCCUCACAAAUAGUCGUGGCGACGAAGAUGCUGCCGACAUAGCCAUGCUCAACAGUCUCAUUGCUCUCAAGACGAUUAGACGGUUAGUGGUGGUAGGCUACGAGGCUCCUCACAAAGACAAAACGGUUGAGCAGUUCUGGACAGUGUCCCAGAAUCACUUCGGGCAGUUCCUCGGGUUUGUCAGCCACGAUUCUCCUGUUCCCGCGCCCUACCAAGAUACGGUGGGGAAGCAUCUCCUGCAGUUUACGAAGCUCCACAUCGACAUGUCCGAGGCGCACCCCGCCAGCUUUGUCGUCCUGCCGAAUUCCUUGCCCCUUGUACACGGGUAUUGGGACUUGGUGGCAAAGUUCGCAGAAAUUUUUGAGAAAUCGGGCGGUAUCCGGCAGUCCUCCGGCGAUUCGGGCCCUUCGGAGUCAAAGUCGAAGGUCGAGGGACCUCUGCUGGAGAGAUUGGCACUGCGGGGCUUGCUCUUGAUGAGGGCAUGUCUAAGAAUUGCUUUCUAUCCCAAGCAAACCUUCAAAUACCGAAGUGCAGAGGCCAAGAAGGAUGAGAACGAGGCCGUUGCUCUCAUCAAGCAAGAACUCUUCAAAAACGAGUUCGUAGUACAUAUGGCCAACACAAUCAUCACACAUCUCUUCGUGUUCCGGAAGGCCGAUUUAGACGCCUGGGAGGAAGAUCCGGAGGAGUGGGAGCAGCAAGAACAAAGCGAAGGCAACGCCUACGAAUGGGAAGUUCGUCCCUGCGCCGAAAAGCUUUUCCUGGAUCUGCUCGUCAAUUUCAAGGAACUCAUGAUACCCCCUCUGCUUUCAUACUUCCAGACCGCGACCAACCCACAGUCAGACAUCGCUACCAAGGAGGCAGUGUAUACGGCCGUGGGUCUGGCCGCGCCGUAUGUGUUGCACGAGUUCGAUUUUGACAGUCUCCUGGUCUCGACUAUCCUUCAAGAUGCGCAGCAGCAAGGGCCCUUAUAUAAGGUCCUCCGCAGACGCAUCGCGAUUAUGGUCAGCCAAUGGGUCACCGUCAAGAUCGCCGAUAACAGCAGACCCCUCAUUUACGAAAUGUUCCGACACUUCCUGAAUCCCGCCGACCCAACCAACGAUAUCGUUGUCAGAAUCACGGCCGCACGUCAGCUGAGGUGGAUCGUGGACGAGCUUGCCUUCAGCGCGGAGGCAUUUCUACCCUACGCAGCCGAUGUGCUCAAUGAACUUCUCCAACUCAUCCAGAAUAUCGACGUCGACGAGACGAAGCUCGCUGUUCUGGAGUCCAUGCGAAUUCUAGUUAUGCGACUGGAAAACUAUGUGUCUCAAUUCGCAGACUUUAUCAUGUCGAACCUCCCCGGUAUCUGGGAAAACUCUGGGUCAGAGGAGUAUAUGAUCAAGCAAGCCAUCAUUGCCAUAUUCGCUGCCUUGGUCAUGGCUAUGGGCAGCGACUCUCAGAGGUUUCAACAUUUGAUGGUCCCAUUGCUGUCAGAAGCCGCCAAGCCUGGCUCUGAUCUGCAUACAUACCUCAUCGACGAGGCUUUGGAUCUGUGGAACUCCGUUCUCAUGCAAAGCAAUCCACCCCUGUCUGCCGAAAUCAUGAGCAUCGCAGAGCUGUCUCUCCCCCUUCUGGAAUACCAGACGGAGACCGCUGCUCAAACACUCUCGGUGGUUGAGUCUUACAUCCUUCUCGGAACCCAGACAGUUAUGGAAGAUAGAUUGCGACGCCCUUUUCUGCAAGCACUGUCAGGGGUUCUAGACUCCACAAGCCGAGAGCAGGUCAGACUCGGCACAGUCUGUAUAGAAUACCUCAUUCGGGCAGCCUCUGAGCUCGGCGGAGCGCAGGUGAUUUUCCAGGACCUCCUGGAGAUCGGGUUCCUUGGGAAGAUCAUGGAGUCCCUCCAUGAUGCCUGGGAGGCCAACCAAACGACCGGGCCGAACAAAAAGAUCAGCAAGCUCAGCACAAUAACAGAACGCGACUACUUCGCGAUCCUCUCUCGUCUAGUCAUUGCUGACCCAGCUACCUUCGUCACAAUGCUCACCUCUUUCGGUCCUCUGGAUCGGGUUUGGGGCUGGCUCAGUGACGAGUGGUUCACCCACCUUGGCGUCUUGGACCAUCUUCCUAGACAGAAGCUAUCUCUUCUUGCCCUAACGCGUCUUUUGGAGCUUCCGCAGCCAGUGCAGAAUCUGGCCCUCGCCAAGCUGCAAGACUACUUCACUCUCUGGACGGGCACCAUUUCCGAGCUCCAGGACGGCACGACGGAUGGUACCGACUCGCUUAUUUGGCAAGAACUUGAGCCCACUGACUACGACACCCCCAAAAGCAUAAAAGAAACGGAGUUCAGCCAGAAGGACCCUAUCCACACGGUGAACGCCAUGUAUUUCGUCAAGGAGAGGCUUCAAGAUGUCGUCCAGCGAUCUGGCGGUGAACAGCAGUUCGAGCAGGAGUGGGCCACCAACGUGGACAAGGACGUUUUGCAAAAGUUUUGGUCGUUGACGCAAAUCACGGGGGCGUAG